AUGAGUCUGUCAAAGUUCGCCCGAUCCACUCUGCAGAUAAACAAAACAUGUGGAGUAGUCGAAGCACAGACGAAGAACAAGGCAGCGGCUGCCACGUGUAGAGGACUACGGAAAAUUAGCACCGGUAGCCAUGUCUACAACAAAUGGUAUGCUCAACUAAUUGCCAAGGAACUGAGCAGGCGUGGAGGCUUGGUGAGGAGUUUUAGCAGCAAUGGAGAAAGUUACGAAUUUAAAGCAGAGACCAAGAAGCUGCUACAAAUAGUUGCCCAUUCUCUGUACACAGAUAAAGAAGUAUUUAUUAGGGAGCUUAUUAGUAACUCCUCUGAUGCUUUGGAAAAAAGGAGGUUUACUCAAACUGCAUCCAUCAGAAGUGUAGAUGAUACGGUAGCAAAUGAAGCAGGUGAAAUUCCCCUACACAUCAAGGUGUCAGCGGAUGCGAAGAAAAAUUUAUUCAUAAUUGAGGACAGUGGAAUUGGUAUGAACAAGGAAGAGGUGAUUGAGAACUUGGGAACGAUAGCGAAAAGUGGUUCUCUAAACUUCCUAAAUGCAUUAAAGGAGAGAAGCCGAAACGCAACUGAGGAGAGUAAAAACUCUUCUGAUCCAUCAGGUGAAAAGAGCGAGAUUUCCCAACCUGGAGAUAACAUCAUUGGACAAUUUGGUGUAGGCUUCUACAGUUCCUUUGUCGUUUCAGAUGAAGUAGAAGUUUUCACAAGAUCACAUGAUGCGAACUCAGUUGGUUAUCACUGGAAAUCUGAUGGAAAUGGAACUUUCACUUUGAAGGAAGUGGAGGAUCUCCCCAGAGGUACCAAAAUUGUUUGCCACCUUAAGGAGAGCUGUAAAGAAUUUUCUAACAUCCAUAGGGUUCAAGAAAUUGUGGAGAAAUUUUCCUCGUUCAUUAACUUUCCAGUUUAUAUCGUCAAUAGGAAGAAGGACGUAAAGGGCAGCAGUCGCUUGGUGAAGGGAGACGACAUGCAGAAUGAGGAAUCCUCCUCUCUCCCACAAGAGGGACUUCACAAGGAUGUGGAAAAGGAGAAAGCGAUGGACGGGACAACAGAAGUGGAGGAUUCUACAACCGCUGCAGAUACGUCUAAAGGGGAAACAGAAAGCUUGACAGAUGAAGUGCAAAUAAAUAAUCAGAAACCUUUAUGGUGCAAAGAGAACGUGACGGAAGAAGAACACAAUAAAUUUUUCAAAUUUUUAACAAAGAAUAAAAACUACGGUGAUGACAAAGGGUAUGUGUACAAAGUGUUAUACAAAACAGACGCGCCUAUGUCUAUAAAGAGUGUCUUCUACAUCCCAGAGGAAGCACCAUCUAGAUUGUUUCAACAAAGCAACGAAAUUGAAGUUUCCCUUUACUGCAAAAAGGUAUUGGUGAAGAAAAACGCAGAUAACAUAAUUCCAAAGUGGUUACAUUUCGUUAAGGGAGUAAUUGACUGUGAGGAUAUGCCACUUAACAUUAGCCGAGAGAACAUGCAAGACAGCACGUUGAUAAAUAAAAUAUCCAGGGUAGUAGUUACCAAAAUAUUGAAAACUCUAGAGAAAGAAUCCACAAAUGAUGAAGACAAAUAUCGAAAGUUUUACACCAACUAUAGCUACUACUUGAAGGAGGGAGUGCUUGAAGAUUCCUCAAAUAAUUUUUACAAAAAUACAUUGAUGAAUCUGUUACGAUUUUACUCUAUCGAACAGAGGAAGAACAUUUCAUUGAAGGAUUAUGUAGCCAAUUUUAAAAAUUCACAGAAAAAAAUAUACUACUUUUGCGUGAACGAGUUAAAUGUGGCUUUGUCAUCCCCCUACAUGGAGCCUUUCAAAAAGCAGGGAGUUGAUGUCCUUCUUCUUUUUGAAGAAAUUGAUGAAUUUGUACUCAUGAAUCUACAGGAAUUUAAUGGGGCCAAAUUCGUUUCCAUCGACUCGUCUCAGAAUGAAGACUUCGACCAGGAGCUCCUCAAUUCUAACAGGGCAGAUGGAGCUAAAGCAGGCGACAAGGAUGAAGCUUCCGACGAAGCAAGAAAAAACGGGAUCUUUAAUGAUAGCCAAAAAAGUGAGCUAGCUAAAUAUUUCAAAGACGUUUUGGGUUCUAAAUGCUCAGAUGUGAAAUUCUCUGACCGCUUAACAGAAUCUCCUGCAGUGGUUACUGGAUUCUUAUCCCCCACACUGAGGAAGGUUAUGAAGGCUACCAUGAAGAAUAGCUCUUUCCAGGACAAUAACAUGUUGAAUAAUUUACCUGCCACUUUGGAGUUAAAUCCCUCGCAUACCAUUGUCACCUCCAUUUUUCACCUCAAAAAUACAAACCAGGAUGUGGCAAAAUUGUUGGUUCAACAGCUCUACGAUAAUGCUUGCAUCGCUGCGGGUAUUUUGGAAGACCCACGUUCCCUAUUGACGAAAUUGAACGAACUUCUUCUGCUCACUGCUAGGUAUGCUUACCAUUAUGAGAAGAAUGCCGAUGGAGUGUCAGGUGUUCAGGAGGAUCCAUCCCCCAGUGAGCCCAGCGCCGGCAACGUAGACAGAACCAUCCCCGCUACUGAGGCUAGCCCCGCCCAGGCCGACGAUGAGGAAAACUCUGCCAAGGAGGCCCAUGCAUCCAAAUUGUAA